CCCUGCUCCCUUUUUCUUUCUCGGGACCCUAAAAAAUCUUUUACAUGUUCUCCUAGGGUUUUUCUAGGGUUUCUUUUGAUCCAUCUUUUCAGCUAAACCCUAGGGUUCUGAACUCUUUCUCCUUCGGUUUUUUAGGGUUUCAGUAUCAGGGCUUCUUUCUAGGGUUUGGUUUAGCUUCUUUGGGUUCUAGGCUUCGUGGCCUCUGGUCUUUUAGGGUUUCUUUUUAAACCAGGUUUUGAUCUUUAAGUGCCAUGGAUCCAGUAGAGCCACCUCGCAAGAAGCCCAGAGGUGAUGCUUCAAGCAAUGGCAAUGGAGGAUUUAAGCGGUCUAAUCAACAUUUUGGAGCUUAUACUGAAAAGGAGACUGGUUUAGGAAGCAAAUCAAAGCCAUGCACCAAGUUUUUCAGCACAACUGGUUGCCCCUUCGGCGAGUCGUGUCAUUUCCUCCACUAUGUACCCGGUGUGAAUGUGGUAGCCCAGCUUCGCCAAACCCUAGGGGGCCCACUCGCCCCCUCUCGCUUUGGCACUGGGCCUCCUGACCCACAAGCCCUAGGCCCGAUUAAGUCACGAAUGUGUGCUAAUUUCAACACCCCUGAAGGUUGUCGCUUUGGUGAAAAAUGCCAUUUUGCUCACAGUGAACGUGAGCUCAACCGACCUCCCCUUGGAGCAAGCCCAACGGGCCGUAGGUUUGAGCCCUCAGGUCUAGGGUUCGGUGCCUCUGCCAAUGCCAAGAUCAGUGUAGAUGCGUCCCUUGCCGGUGCCAUUAUUGGGAAAGGCGGCGUUAACUCGAAACACAUAUGUCGGGUUACUGGUGCUAAGCUUGCCAUUAGGGAGCAUGAGAGUGACCCUAACCUUAGAAAUAUUGAAUUGGAAGGGAGCUUUGAUCAGAUUAAUCAGGCUAGUGUGAUGGUUAGAGAGUUGAUUGCUAGUGUUGGAGGACCUGGUGGUGGUGGUGCUCCUGCUGGGGCUAUGGCGAAGGGGUUUGGAGGUGGAGGUGGAGGUGGAGGUGGAGGUGGAGGUGGAGGUGGAGGUGGGGGUGGGGGUGGAAACAAUUAUAAGACCAAGCUUUGCGAGAAUUUUGCCAAGGGUUCAUGCACCUUUGGUGAUCGGUGCCACUUUGCACAUGGUGCAUCAGAGCUGCGAAAGCAGGUAUGAGGGGAACCUCUCCCUCUCCCUGGGUAUGCUGGGUUUGAGCCAUGAAGCAUCUUCGGAAUUUUGGGCUUGAACCUACCUCUCUCACUCCUUGGGCUGGAGACGUUUUAGUUUUCUUUGUUGCUUUAUGGGGAUUGGGUGAGGAGUGAGUUGCGGUAUGUAAUGGCCGAUGUUGGGUUCCUCACUUUUAUCUCAUGCAUUUUCCUGUGUUGUCUGGUUUUUUAAUUUGUUUCAUUUCCGUUUUGGAGAAGAGGUAUUAACUGGGCCUGGAGGGUAUCUUGGGCCUCAUUUUAACUUAAGGGAACUGUAGCAACUGUAAGCUUUCUUAACAUGUUUUAGCUAGAUUGUGGUACAUUGUCCUGGACAUGGUCUUCUCUUUCCCUCCCUCUAUAUUAUAUUGUGGUUCAUUAUC